AGCUCCAUCCAGCCUGGCCCAAGGAUGGAGUCCCUCCCUGAAGCAGUCCUGAUCAAAAUCCUGGCUUCCAUACCUGCAGUGGAUUUGGUGCUGGCGUGCCGCCUGGUGUGCUGCCAGUGGAAGAACCUGGUCGAUGGAGCCGCACUUUGGAUCCUGAAGUGUCACCAGGAAGGCCUCACUGGAGCAGAGUCACAGGAGAAUGCAGAGAACUGGCAAAACUUCUACUUCCUGAGUAAGAAAAGGAAGAAUCUCAUCAAGAACCCAUGUGGUGAAGAAGACUUGCAGCACUGGGGAGAAAUAGAGAAUGGAGGUGAUGGCUGGAAAGUUGAAGAGCUCCCUGGGGACUUUGGAAAAGAAUUUCCUAGUGAAGAAGUCCAUAAAUACUUUGUUACAUCUUAUGAGUGGUGUCGAAAGACUCAGGUCAUUGACCUUAGGGCUGAGGGCUACUGGGAAGAGCUGAUGGAUACAACCCAGCCUAAAGUUGUGGUAAAAGACUGGUAUGCAGGACGCAGUGAUGCCGGCUGCCUCUAUGAGCUCUGUGUGAAGCUGCUCUCAGAGAAUGAGGAUGUUCUGGCUGAGUACAAAAGUGAGACUAUUGCCAUCCCACAAGACAACGAUGCCAACUGGACUGAGAUCUCCCACACCUUUUCCAACUAUGGCCCCGGGGUCCGCUUUGUCCGCUUUGAACAUGGUGGCCAGGACACACUAUUCUGGAAGGGAUGGUACGGUGUACGUGUCACCAACAGCAGCGUGAUGGUGGAGCCAUAGCCAUGCUGAACUGG